AUGGUUGGAAGAACGGUUCUUAGGACAUGCGCGACCGCGUUUGCGCUCGUCGGCUUCGUAUCUGCGCAUGGUGGUGGGAAUGCUCAUCAGAAGCCAUUACAAGUUGACCCUGAUGCGGAUUGGGCAACUAGACAUAUGGCUGAGGAACAUCAUAUUGGAAACUUCGAUCCAGGCGCCUUCUUCACCCUUCACGAUUUUGAUGACAAUGGAUUCUGGGACCAGCGUGAGAUACUGAAGUUUUACGGCAUGGAUGACCCAACUGCGAAAGAUGUACCUCAGUCGAAGAGAGAUGAAAUCACCCGCGAAGUCCUCAAAUUGAUUGACCGAAAUGAUAACAAUAUUAUUGAGCGGGACGAAUGGAUGGUGUUUAGCGCCGGUGGCUAUGGACAGCCAAAAGGGGUGCUGCCGGAUUUCGGGACCGGUCCUGGUCACCACUGGGAUAUGGAAAUGGAGUACGAAAUCCAUCAUUGGGAGAAAUAUCACGACGAAAACACCAAAGAAGAAGACCUGACACAUCCAGAAGACAUUGCUCAUUUCAAGUUGCACGAUGACUUAGAAGAUGAGGCCGACAGGCAGGCCCUGCUGGACAAGAUGUCGAUCGUAGAAGACAAUAUACCCGCCAAGUUUCGCAGGGAUAUAAUAUGA